GUCCAGAUUCCUAGAAGCUUUCUGGCAGCAACAGUGAGCCGCGGAGGACAAAAAGAGGACAAAAAGUCCUUUUUCUGUUCCACUUCCCAUGGGAAAGUGGCCUUUGAAUUUUCCCACGCGCCCAGAUCAGGAGCGGAAAGGAGCGCCUCUCUCUCUCUGCCUAGGAAGGAAGCUGGAGUCCGACCAUCAGUUUAGAGGCACAAAGAUGACCUGUCUUCUGCUGGACAUCUGCAAAGAAGCCCCAUUGACCGACCGCACCCAGGCCACGGAGAAAAGUGAAUCCUUCGAGGUGAAGGAAGAGGCCCUGGAGUCAGAGGCAACUGCUUCCAACCUGGAGAGGCAGCGCCAGCACUUCCGGCGGUUCGGCUUCACGGAGGCCCGGGGCCCGCAGGAGGUGUGCAACCGCCUCUGGGAGCUGUGCCGACUCUGGCUGAGGCCUGAGAGGCACAGCAAGGAGCAGAUACUGGAGCUGGUGGUGCUGGAGCAGUUCCUGGCCAUCCUGCCCUCCAAGGUCCAGGACCGGGUCCGAGGGAUGGGGCCAGAACGCUGCUCCCAGGCCGUGGCCCUGGCAGAGGACUUCCUGCAGAGGCAUCAAGAGGAUGAGGGGCAAGACGGGAAGGUGCUGGGACCAUUCAAAGAGGAGCGGGACAGUUUCCCAAACACAGAAGAAGCUUCGUCAGAGUCCUGGCAGAGGGUCAUCUUAGGAGAGAUCAAACAGGAGGAGGAGGAGGAGGAAGAGGAAGAUAGAGUUGCUGCCUCAAUGGGUGAUGAACAAACGUAUGGCGUGGAUCCAGACAAUUCUGGAGUAGCAGAACCCCAUAAGAUACUGCUUGGAAGAAUUGCAUGGAAAGUUUCCCACAACCCUGAUUCAGGGGAAGCUUUGGAAAGCUGCCUGGAGAAGGGAAGGUUGAAUUGUAGCCCGCAAGUCGCAGCAGGAGUCAGGGUCCAGACGAGAAUCCAAGACGAGCGCUUGAAAAAAUGCCCCGAAUGCGGGAAAGGUUUUGUGUGGCGGUCAGAGCUUAUCGAACACCAAAGAUCCCACACGGGAGAGAGACCCUACUCGUGCUCCUAUUGCGGGAAGAGCUUCAGCCGCAAGUCAUACAUCAUUAAGCACGAGAGGAUCCACACGGGAGAGAAGCCCUACAUCUGUUCCCACUGCGGCAAAGGCUUCAUCUCGAAGUCGGACCUUAUUAAACAUGAAAGAACUCACACGGGGGAGAAACCCUACCUGUGCCCCGACUGCGGGAGGAGCUUCAGCCGGAAACAGUUCCUGGUGACCCACCGGCGGACCCACACUGGGGAGAAGCCCUACAAGUGCUCGGAGUGUGGGAAGAGCUUCAGCCAGCGGACUUGCCUGGUCAUCCACGAGAGAGGCCACACUGGGGAGAAGCCCUUCCACUGCCUGGUGUGCGGGAAGAACUUCGGUAGGAGGGACAUCCUCAUGACGCACCAGAAGUUGCACACCCGAGAGAAGGCCUUCCAGUGCACCAACUGGUUGUGAAACACUUACCAGCACCUCUGUGUGUGUGUAUUUCUGCACACUUCGAGUUCACUGUGGUGGGUAAAUCAUAGAGAGACCACAAGGGCCAUCCAGUCUGAUCCCAUUCUGGCAUGCAGGAAUCAUAGACUCAUGGACUAAUAGAGUUGGGAGAGACCACAUGGGCUAUCCAGACCAAUCCCCUUCUGCCAUGCAGAAAAAGCAGAAUCAAAGCAUCCCAAACAGAGGGCCAUCCAUUCUCUGAUUAAAUGCCUCCAAGGAAGGAGCUUCCACCACUCUGAGGCAGAGAGUUCCACUGCUGAACAGCUCCUACAGUCAUGCUUUACAACAACCCAUUGCUCUGAGUCCUAGGCCCCUUCUAUACUGACAUAUAAAAUCCAGAUUGUCUGCUUUGAACUGGAUUAUCUGGCAGUGUAAACUCAUAUAAUCCAGUUCAAAGCAGAUAAUCUGGAUUAUCCGCCUUGAUAUUCUGGAUUAUAUGGCGGUGUAGAAGGGCCACUAGUUUCCAGGGCAACAAGAACACACAAUCAAAGCAUUCCCCAACUGAUGGCCAUGUCGCCUCAGUUUAAAAACCUCUAGAGAAGGAGACUCUCAUUGGAAUCCCAGGCAGUGGCAUACUCGACUGCUGACAAACCUUUGUUGGGAAAUUGGGGAAGAGUUUCUUUUUGUGGAUUAAACUCACAUAACUCCUGCCAAUUUCAGCUAUGCUGGUUCAGUGAGUCAACCAGCCCUUCCACAAAUUCUUCUUUCUGGGCCUUAGCCUAUCCACCAUCCACAUGGUGGAUAACCGAAAAUUAUGGGAGUUGUCAUUCAAUAAAUUGAAUAAAAACAAUUAAUUAUAAAAAAUCAAAGCAUUCUUAGCAGAUGGCCAUUUAUUUCAUUCCACCCUCUAAAACAGUGUUUCCCAGCCUGGGGAUCGGGACUCCUGGGUAGGUUGCAAGGCGGUUUCAGGGGGAUCACCAAAGACCAUCAGAAACACAUAUAUCUGACAGUCUUGGGAAUCCCUUUGGCAUAGUUGUUUGGGUUCACAGUGCUCUCUGAAUGUAGGCGAACUACAUCUCCCCUAAAUCACUGUCAAUUCAUCCCAAAUUCCUCCAGUAUUUUCUGUUGGUCAUGGUGCUCUCUGUGUGGGAAGCUUGACCCAAUUCUAUUGUUGGUGGGGUUCAGAAUGCUCUUUGAUUGUAGGUGAGCUAUAAAUACCAGCAACUACAACUCCCAAAUGUCAAGAUCUAUUUUCCCCAAACUCCACCAGUGUUCACAUUUGGGCAUAUUGAGUACUCACACCAAGUUUGGUCCAGAUCCAUCAUUGUUUUGAGUUCACAGUGCUCUCAGGAUUUAGGUGAACUACAACUCCCAAACUCAAGGUCAAUGCCCACCAACCCUUCCAGUAUUUUCUGUUGGUCAUAGGAGUUCUGUGUGCCAAGUUUGGUUCAAUUCCAACAUUGUGGAGUUCAGAACGCUCUUUGAUAGUAGGUGAAUUAUAAAUCUCAGCAACUACAACUCCCAAAUGACAUCAUCAAUCUCCCCCCCCCCCCCCCCCCAACCUCACCAGUAUUCAAAUUUGGGUGUAUGGGGUAUUUGUGCCAAAUUUGGUCCAGUGAAUGAAAAUACAUCCUGCAUACCACAUAUUUACAUUACGAUUCAUAACAGUAGCAAAACUACAGUUAUGAAGUAGCAGUGAAAAUAAUUUUAUGGUUAGUGUUCGCCACAACAUGAGGAACUGUAUUAAGGGGUCGCGGCAUUAGGAAGGUUAAGAAACACUGCUCUAAAACAUAAAGCAAAUAAUUAAACCUUUGCAGAAACCAACAGUGGGAAGUCACCUACCUGUAUGAAGGGUAUUGUCAUAUUAAUAAAAAUAUUAUCUGCACAGAAAUCAUUUUUUAAAAUAACUUUUUAGAUUCCAAACCUGAAGGCAUUUACAUUCCCCCAUAUAAGUAUGAAAAGUGAAAAAAGCAUCUUGUGUUCUUUUUAGUUCCUGGAUUAAAUCCAAUUUUGUGAGCGUUUAUACAUUCAUUUUUAAACUCCACUGUCUUUUAAUAUUGGAUUUUGUUCCAUUGUGGGUUUUUUUGUAUGUCAUUGUGAACUGCGCUGGAAUAAUAAAGGAAUAAUAAAGAAA